CAUCGUUUACGCAGCUAAGUGAAGCUUCACUCACCACAGAAUUGUGAAUUCUUUUCGUAAAUAAUUGGCCCCUGGAGUAGACAUGGGUCUCGAGGAUUUUGAGAGGGAGCUCGCAGCCAACAAGGCGAAGGAGGCCAAAGAGGCGGAGAGGAAAGAGAGGAAGAAGCGGGAGAGGAGUCGAAGUCGCGAGAGGGAGCAUCGGCAUCGACACCGACAUGGGGAUCGGGAUCGCGAGCAUCGGGAUAGGGAUAGGGAUAGGGAUAGGGGAAAAGACAGAGAGAAAGACAGAGAAAGGGAACGAGAUAGGGAGCAUCGAUCCUCGCGGCAUCACAGGGAAAGGGACGACGAAGGCCGCGACGACGGACACUCGCAUAAGCGAUCGCGUUCGCACCGCGAGACGUCGGAGGAACGCGCGCGCCGCAAAAGACGGGAGCGCGAGCACGAGCGGGAGCACGAAGACGACGACGACAAACGCCGCUGGAACCACCAUAGGCGGAGUCGAUCGCCGUCCAGCGAUGCUCAAGAGCGAUUAAGCAGGAAGCACCGGCCUCGACGCGGCAGUGCAGAAGUCGAAGAAGGCGAAGGCGACGACGACGUCAACGAGACACCUACCGGCGACGAGGAGCUUCCAGACCGCGACUUCGUGCCCCCGGAUGACGAUUUCCUCGACCAUCAGCUCCAGGAGGCGGCGGACGCGAAUCUGCAGCGCGAUGCGUGGAUGCAGGCGCCGUCGUCGCUGGACGUGGAUUAUGUGCGGCGCAGGAAGAAGGAGGAUAAGAGUACGUAUGUGCCUGCGUCUGCGGAUGCGGAGACGGCGCAUAGGCUUAGGAUUCAUGAGGCGGAGUUGAAUCGGCAUUUGGCGGAUCUCAAGGAGGAUAAUGAGGAAGGGGAAGAACAACGGGAACAGAGUAAACCGGAAGAGGCUUCGCAGAGAGAUGUCGAUUAUACGUUUGGGGAUUCUGGGUCUGCGUGGCGAAUGAUGAAAUUGAAGGGGAUUUAUCGGACGGCGAAGGAGACGGGAAGGACGGUCGAGGAGGUGGCAUUGGAGAAGUAUGGGAAUUUGAGGGAUUUUGAUGAUGCGAGGGAGGAGGAGAUUGAGUUGGAGAGGCGGCAGUUGUAUGGGAGGGAGUAUGUGGGGAAGGAGAAGCCAUCUGGCGAGUUGUAUGAGGAGAGGAGAUUGAAUGCGGGGAUUCGAAGGCCCUCCAGGGGACAGCAUGAGGAGGUUGAGUUGCCGCAAGGGGAGGUUGUGGAGAGUGCGGAACCGACGACUUCGACGAGAAUAUUGAGUCAGACCGAGUUGAAUAAGUUGAAGGCGCAGAUGAUGAAGGCGAAGAUGAAGAAGGCUUCCAACGCCGAACAGCUCGAGGCGGAGUAUAAUGCUGCUGCGGCGGCUGCGGCGGGUCGAAAGGAGUCGGAUGUCGUCGUUCUGGGUGCCAUGGAUAACCGCGCGCUGGCUGGUGGACGCAAAGGCGAGGUUGUAGCUCUUACCAACAAGCGUGGCAGAGAGCGCGGGUUGGUCAAGGAAAAUGAAGACAUGUCUAUCGAGGACAUGGUACGUCAGGAGAGACGGACAAAGGGGCAACCUGGAGGUGAAGGGCUUCUGUUGGCUGAGAAGAUUGCCAAAGACGCCAAAUUUGAGGAUGACCUCGACUACAUGGACGAUAACGCAGAGAAAAUCGCAGCUCGGGCACCAAAAUCCACCAUCAACGUCCGCAACGCCGCCAUCCAAGACUACCAGCGCACCAACCGCAUCCUGGAAUCCUGCCCCCUCUGCCACCACGAAGACAAGUCCCCGCCCCAACCACCCAUCGCCCCCAUCGUCUCCCUCGCGACCCGCGUCUACCUCACUCUCCCCACCGAACCCGAGAUCAGCGACGGCGGCGCCGUCAUCGUCCCCAUCCAGCACCACACCAACCUCCUCGAAUGCGACGACGACGAGUGGGACGAGAUCCGCAACUUCAUGAAGUGUCUGACGCGCAUGUACCACGACCAAGGGCGGGACGUCGUCUUCUACGAGAACGCAGCGGCGCCUCACCGCAAACUGCACGCCGCCAUGCAGGUCGUUCCCAUCCCGUUCUCCCUGGGCGAAACAGCGCCCGCCUUCUUUCGCGAAGCAAUCCUCGCGUCGGAUGAGGAGUGGACGCAGCACAAGCCGCUCAUUGACACGCUCAAGGCUGCGAGGAAUGGGUUGGGGAAAUCGGCGUUUCGGAAGAGCUUGGCAAAGGAGAUGCCGUACUUUCAUGUGUGGUUCGAGUUGGAUGGGGGGCUGGGGCAUGUUGUCGAGGAUGAGCGGAGGUGGCCGAGGGGGGACCUCUUUGCGAGAGAGGUGCUGGGCGGCAUGUUGGAUGUGGAUGUUGAGGUGGUGAAGAGGCAGGGGAAAUGGGGCAAGGGGGACCAGAGGAGGGUGGAGAGGUGGAGGAAGGGGUGGAGGAAGUUUGAUUGGACGAGGGUUUUGACGGAGGGACAGUGAGGGUCGCGGGAGAGGGAGUUAUAUGUGUGCAUGGGACGGUUACUGGUAUUUUGAGCCAUUGUUUUAAGUGGGAAACACGAGGUUUUGAGUGUUCAUGGACUGGACACUCAGGUAAAGUAGGGAUUUCCCAAGGUUUUUGCACCGCUUCUCUCAGUCUGCAUUUCACCUAUCCACCAAGCGAAUACAUAUGCAUUUUCGACGUUCAAUCUCGGAUCAACUACCUAGGUAUUUUCCUCUCUUUCGGCACCAAUUGCCCUCAAACAGUGUGAUCGCCAG